AAAGCAGCAGUCUGAUGUCAUGCGCUUUCUUCUGAGGGUCCGCUGCUGGCAGUACCACCAGCUCUCUGCUCUCCACAGGGCUCCCUGCCCCACCCAGCCUGAUAAAGCACGCCGACUGGGCUAUGAGGCCAAGCAAGGUUACGUAAUAUAUAGGAUUCGUGUUCGCCCUGGUGGCCGAAAACGCCCAGUUCCUAAGGGUGCAACUUACGGCAAGCCUGUCCAUCAUGGUGUUAACCAGCUAAAGUUUGCUCCAAGCCUUCAGUCCGUUGCAGAGGAGCGAGCUGGACGCCACUGUGGGGCUUUGAGAGUCCUGAUGCACAGGGAGAUGCAUGGGCUGCUGACAUCUGCAGGCCAAAAGAGCCGUGGCCCUUGGAAACGGCCAUAAGUUCCACCACAUUAU